AUCGAGCGAACUGUGCCACUGAACCAAAGGCUACAGGGCGGAGGGGCGAUGACAACGGAGCCCUCGCCCCGCCGCGCUAGGGUUGGCGAGCCGGCGGCGGACCCGCUGACGUCCCUUCCGCCGCCCCUGCUCGACGCCAUCCUCACCCGCCUCGACCUCCCCGACGCGGUCCGUACCUCCGCCCUCUCUCGCGCCUGGCGCCGCCGGUGGGAGGCCCUCCCCUACCUCUGCCUCUCCUUCGUCGACAACCCCGGCACGGCCCCCUUGGCUGUCGACCGCGUUCUCGCUCGCUACCCCGGCCGCAUCUCCAACUUCUCCUUCCACGUCGACGAGCACUCCUUCGGCCGCGUCGAUGACUGGCUCGUCGCCCUCUGCGACCGCGGCGUCAAGUCCAUCAACCUCCGAUGCGCCUCCCCCUUCAUCCUCCACUCCUCCCUCUUCUUAUGGGCCCAACUCACGCACCUGAAGCUGUGCCAUUGCGGCCUGCCGCCUCUCCCGGUGGGAUUCACUGGAUUCCCCAUGCUCAAGGAUCUAAAACUCAGCUUUGUCGAAUUCCUGGAGAACGGGGAGAGCCAACUGGAGGCGAUUCUUGUCGGGUCACCUUUGCUUGAAACCCUGAAUCUUCACUUUGUGGAUAUCCGUGGGAACGAUCCAUACUCAAAUGUGUGGGUGAUUCGCGGGGCCAACCUCCGGAGCCUAACGAUAAAUUCUGAUUUUGAGUAUGACUGGCAAGUUAAGGAGCUGCCAUACCUCGAUGAAGCCGACAUCGAUGUGGGAAACUAUGUGAGCCCUAUCAAUUUCAGAGGAUUUCUUGCCAGCUUUGCGCAAAUUAGGAAGCUCUCUCUCUCUCUCUGUGCGUGCUACGCAUCGUCUACUGGAGACGGUCUCUUGGAAACACUUCCAUUUACCUUUGACAACUUAAAGAGUUUGACCCUCUGGACACGUUUUUAUGAGAUGCGUUCCAUUGUGUUAACCUUUUGCGUACUAAGGAAUACUCCUAAUUUAGAAGAACUUGAAAUUACGACCUAUGGUGAUGGGGAUGCACCUGAAACAAAUGCAGAGUUUCUAAAUACACAAUGGACUGAUGCCUUCUGUGCCAACCUUCAGGCUGUGAAAAUGAAAAAUAUUGGCUGGUUGCAAAAUGAAAUGUAUUUCAUAGAGCUCGUUUUAUCUAAAGCAGCAGUUCUUCGCACAAUGCAUCUUAGUCUUGGUUGCAGAAGAUCAAAGUCAAAUGAGGAUGCACUCUGUGAACUAAUGACAUAUAGAAGGGCUUCAACCCAUGCUCGAGUCUUCUUUGACGGUAAAAAAAAAUUUUGACGGUAAAAUGAAAUGAGCUGCUAGAUAGAGACGUGUCUUCCAUGCAAUUCUGGGAAUGGGCGCUGAUUACGUUCAGAUGGCUCACUUGCGUAAGACGGUGUCUGUUUAUCCCUUGAUCUUCUCUAACUAUGUACCUUGGGCGGCUGGGCUGUUAAAGAUAUGUAUCCUGAAGAAAAUGGUUGUCGUCAUGAGCUACUUUACUGCUCCGUUUGGCGCAUAAUUAUGUCUUGUAUGACCUGCAAAACUCUCCUUAAGAGAGAACUCUUGCUAUGUGAUUUUCCAAUGAAAACUUGCUGUGCACCAUUAGUUUAAUUUGCUUAGAAAAUGUUUGUAAGAGCUUACGAGUGGGAUAGUAGCAAUGACAAACAGUAUUACCUGUGUCCCAUAAUGUAAGACGUUUUUGCAGUUCAAUUUGAACUGCAAAAACAUCUUAUAUUAUGGGAGGGAGGGAGUAGUAAACUCAUAGCCUUGUGUUGCACAAAUCCCUUUGCCCAU